AUGAAGUUCAACACUCUUGCCCUUCCAGCUGUCGCUGUCCUCUUCUGGGGUGUCGCAUCCGAGGAAGUCAACAAGGCAGCCGACGGAAAUUGGUGCCCUGCAUGCAGUGGAGUCAAAUACACCGACCCAAAGACAAACUGCGUUGGCUGCUGCCCGGUUGGCUAUUACUUCCAAGGUUGCGCAAAGGGGCCUGCCCCCAUCACCGACCCCAAGUGUCCCGCCGACGACAACAAGGUUUAUACCGCUCCCAACGGCCGCAAGUUCACGAUUCUAUGCGAUAGGGCCAACAAUGGUGCCGCAGGUACCGGCCCUGACUUGCCGACUUACCCUGGUACGCCCAAGACUUGCGCCGAAACAUGUGCCGCAGCCGCUGCAUGUGACAAAGUCGCCGUCGGGUACGGCUACUGCUACCCAUAUUCUGCGGCCAGUACCGUGUCUCUCAACCACCCAAGAGGUCCCGGCAUCGUUUCUUUCAUCCCCUUCGUUGAGGGCAAGGCUGCUACUGUUGACAUACCUGCUACAGAUGACAAGCCUGCUACAGGUGGCAUUCCUAUGCUGUAG